AUGUACCAAGAGCAUUAUUGGGACUUAGAUUCUUUUUUAUAUAAUCAUCUAUCUCUAUCGAAUCACCUUGUGAACUCGGCGGAAUACUCUAACGAAAAUUUUCAGCUUCUUACUCGGCCACCGUAUAAAACUUAUCUUCCUCCCAUUGACCUAGUACACCCGGGUACUCGGUUGAGCAAAUCACGUUCGCGCAGAGAUGAUCAACCUCCACGCCCUCAAAACGGUUUCAUUAUUUUCAAGAAAGACUUUGAUGCUAGAAGGCGGAGUAUACUCAGUGAUACCAAAGUCGAUAGUAAAGUUAUGAGCAAAACGGCCGCAUACAUAUGGCAUUCAGAUGAGGGUUUGAGAAAGUACUUUAAUCUGCUGGCCAAACUCGCCGCGCAAAUCCAUAAGGAGUUAUAUCCAGAAUACGAUUAUAAACCAAAGAAAUGCUCGACCGAGACAGAAAAAGGAGCAAAACCGCUGCGUAUCAGACAAUACUCUGGACCCUCCGAAAGAAGAGCGAAAAGAAGAGAAAAAGUUGUCGGUCGACGGGAAGCCGAAGAUUUUUGCAAAGGAUUUGACGCUAGUGGGCAGGCUUUUAGCGGUCAAAGUUUCAUGAAGGACGUGGUCGUUAGUGCGUUGAAUGGUAGUGAACAGUAA